AAACCGCGACCGCGACACCAAUUUUUAUUUCUUUUGUUAACAAAAAGAAUAAGAUUGUGCGCAUCUAUGCAGUACAUGGUGCAGUUAAGUACUCCCUCCCACCCACUUUACAAAACCCAGUUUCCUGGAAGUUCCCUCAUUCCUCUUCCCCCAUUCAUUACUACAUAGGUUAUACAUAAAAAUAUCUAAUUUCCUUAAUUCUCUAAACCUUAUUGGGAAACCAAAUAAGUUCAUGCACCCAUUCCCGCGCCCCCAUCUUCCUCUCUUCUUCUUCUCUCGCUCUCUCUCUUAUAUAUAUAAACCAAAGCUCACUCAUUCUUUUCUCUCAUUCUCUGUAUAUCAGUUCUAGUAUUUAUAACAACUGGGAGUACUAUUUAUUAUAUCGAUAUCUAUUGACUUGCACGUGCAAAUAGAAGCAAUGAAUUAUAAUAGGUGUUCCUCUUCCACUACUUCAUCUUCGGACUCUUCGUCUUCGGAAUCUUCGGGGAAUAACAAGGUACCGAGAAACGGGAACAAACCGGAGCGGAUCAAAGGCCCAUGGAGCACUGAGGAGGACCGGAUUCUUACCGGCCUCGUGGACCGGUACGGACCCAGGAACUGGUCUUUGAUAAGUCGAUACAUAAAGGGUAGGUCCGGCAAGUCCUGCCGACUGAGGUGGUGCAACCAACUCAGCCCGAGUGUUGAGCACCGCCCCUUCUCGGUCGCCGAGGAUGAGACCAUACUAGCCGCUCAUGCCCGGUAUGGAAACCGUUGGGCCACCAUUGCCCGGCUCCUUCCGGGUCGGACCGAUAACGCCGUCAAAAACCACUGGAACUCGACGUUGAAGCGGAGGGUUCGAGAGGCGCAUCAGAUGGAGGACGAGGAUCAUCAUAAUCAUAAUACUAUCUCUUGUGGAACCGGUUUUAGGGGUGAGCCCAAUGGAUCGCUGCCAUGUGCCAACACUAAUAGUAUUAUGAAUAAUAAUGUUAACGGCCAGUCGUCGCCGUUGUCAUUAGAAGAUGACCCGCUGACCACGUUGACUCUGGCUCCACCGGGAGUAGGCGGAGAUGUAAUGCAGGAGGAGCGGAGGGAGAGUUUUCCGGCGGGGUUUUGGGAUGUGAUGAGAGAUGUUAUUGCGAGGGAAGUACGAGAGUAUGUGAGUACGACGUUUUCUGAUAACUCUGGCUUCCGAUAGUUCUAAAAAUAAUCAAAAGCUUUUUGUUUAUUUAAUUUUUUUUCCUUAUGGAAUUGUGGAUGUGUGUUACUCUCACACAUUGUUGUUCGUUCGUGGCUGAAUUUCUGUUAAUAUUUGUUUGCAUUAAUAAUUUAAAAAAGAAAAACUAGAAAGAAAAGAAAAAUAUUACUUUUCAAAUUUGCUGAUUUUA